AUGUGGCAAAAUGAACUCCGGCUGGUUCUUGUCGGGAAUACAGGAGCGGGCAAGAGUGCGUCAGGAAACACCAUCCUGGGCAGGGAACACUUUGUGUCGGAGUUCAGUUUUCGCUCAGUGACCAAGAAAACUGAGUAUGGGAUCGCUGAGCUUGUGGAUGAUCGUGACCGGAAGAGAAAGGUGACAGUGGUAGAUAUGCCAGGGUUUGGGGACACUAACCUCACUGAAGAUGAAGUUCAUGAAGAAAUAGCCAAAUGUAUUGUUUUCUCAGAUUUUGCCCCCCAUGCCUUUUUCUUGGUUGUACAGAUCGGGCGUUAUACAGAAAACGAAGCACAGGCUGCCAUCAAUCUGGCAACACUUUUUGGAGAAGAUGCCGUUAAAUAUCACACAAUAGUUCUUUUUACCGGAGGGGAUCGUCUUAGGGGCAAGAGCUUUGAAGAAUACCUAAAAGAGGCACCUGCUGGACUCAGGGAACUUAUUCGCAAGUGUGGGGGCAGGUACCAUGUGUUCAACAAUGAAAACUCCAGUGAUGUUGCCCAGGUUCAUGAACUCAUGUUAAAGGUGGACAGGAUGGUCAUGAGGAGUAGAGCUGGGGUUUAUACUAAUCAAAUGUUUAAAGCGGCCCAGGCAUCUGUGAGGAAAGAACUGCGCCCAAGUAGCAGUAGUGGAGGAUCGGCAUCUCCUGAAAAGCUAUUCCCGAUCGUGAAACGCGUUGUCUAUGCAGGCUUCGUUGGCGCAUGUAUCGGAGGCAUAUACGGCGGUAUGGUGGGCGUCGUUGUGGCUCCCACCGGAAUAUCCAAUAAAGUUAAAGGUUCUGGUGUGGGAUUACUCGUGGGUGGAUUUGUUGGCGGUGUGAUAGGUGUCGUUGCUGGUAUUGAGGCUGGGAGUCUGGAGGAAGCUGUACAGAAUGCUUCUGAUCAAGUUCAUUUGGUCGGAAAACCCAUUUUGAAAACAGCAAUAGUUGCAAAAACGGUGUAUGGCUUCAUGCCUGUAGGUGAACAUACUGAGGAGAAAAUGGAGGCUGUAGUAAUGGCACUCUCAGGAGCUGCAGGAAUGGCAAUCUCAGGAGCUGCAGCAAUCUUAGGUGAUCGUGUGCAAAUGAGUAACCACAAAGGCUCAGGAAAAACUUGA